GUUGACGCCAGCUGGCCAUUAGCAGCUGCAGCUGUGCUAGCCGUGAGGCGAGGCAGGGUUGAUACCGACGAGUGGCCGACCCAAAUGCUGGGGCAGGCCUGGGCAGCGCGAGGCCAGUGCUGCAGGGUUCUCUGGCAGGUUUCCUAGGGAUUAGUGUCUUGCUCUGGACGGAUGGGUUGAAGAACCAGGACAGAGACAGCUGCGGCAGGACCACUUGUGUGCUGUUUAAUUGGCCUGAGGCCCUUAGGGAUUGAAGGGCCAAGCCACCCUGGCCCUGCACCCUGUGUCGUCAGUUACACCUGUGCAAAAGUGGCUGCUGGAUCAGAACGCUCCCCUUCUGCUGCCAGCAUGCCCACAUCGCCGGGGGUGAUUGACACCCGAGGGACCGGGCAGGGCAAGGCCAGGAUGGGGUGCUGAGUCUGCAGCCAGCUUAACUGUUUAGUCGGUUUAAACAACAGACUCCACUAAUGCAGGUGCAGCCAAAGCACAGCCUGGGAACUGCAGCCCCCACCUUGCAGGGCUCCAUCUCUGAGCGGCCAGGCCCCUGGGCUCAGUGGAACGCAGCAAGCCAUGGGCUGCCCCCUGCGCUGCAGUUGGAAAUGGCAGCUGGCUGGCUUAUUGUCCUUUUAUAAUUGAAUUCCCCCGCUCCACCGAUUGGCACAGGGUGCUCCAGGGCAGGGCUGGCACAGGAUGAGCUGAUAGGUCUUUCCCUCGGUAGGGAACCAGUUGACAAGGUUGGUGUGGAAGUUAACAGCCCAUCAGGCUGGAUGGCAGGGCUGGGGGAGUGUUAGACAGUCAGGAGGUGCCAGUUGAGGGGGGAGGGGAUGUGGGACCCUGAUCACUGCAGAAUUGUGGAUUUCAAGGGAGGAAACUUCACACGUCUUCUUCCCCAAGGCACCAAGCCAACACCUGGACAGGCUGGGUGCCUUACAAUUGUGGGAGGAGAAUGGCCUCAUUCCUGUCUCCAGGGAGGGCUUGAUGGUGGGCCAUGCGAAGAGGAGAUGGGGUGGGAGGUGUGGGGGGUGAUGCUCAGGAAGGGCCAGGCUGGGGGCCAGGCUGAAAGCCCCCGGUGCAGGCUCUGCGGAAGAGUGCAACCCACCUGCCCUGGGCCCAGCUCUGGCCUAGCUAGGGUCUGACCAUGGCCCCUGUGAGCACCUGGCCGGCUCGUUCUGGUGCAGCGGGCACAGUCCCCCCAUCCCCUCCUGUUCACAAGCAGGGUCCCCCGGGGUGUGGGCCGCUCUCUCUCCUCAGCCCGGGCACACAAAAGGCCCCGGGACGCUUGGUGGGCUCCAACCAGCACAAGGCCUGGAGGUGGCUUCACGCUGCAGAAACCCUCCAUCACCCCCAGCCUAGGGGCAGCCCCGUCCCACAAUCAGCCCCUUCCCCCCGGGUGCCCGGGCAGUUCUGCCCAUCCCGUGCAUGGACCAGCUGGGCGGGGGUGAAGCCAAGGGAAGGGGGUGCCAGGCAGCCCCCCCCCCCGGAGUUUAGCAGCAGCUGGGGGCUGUACAAGGCAAAGCCACCUCCCCUCUGACGCCAAAGGGUCACUGGGCGCCCCGGCCUGGGGGCUUGGUCUCACUCCCCUGCCCAAUCCAGGGAGACCUCGCUGCUAAUAGCGCCCUCGCCAGAUCAAAGCCGCCACUGGCGCAAUCAACACCCGCCUGGUGGCUCCAGCUUCCCUCUGGCGAGCGCGGCUUUGUCUGCCCGGCCCGGCCCGGCCAUGGGGCCAGCGCCCGCCCCGGCCCGCUUCGCAGCCGGCCUCCUCUGGGCGCUGCUGGGCGCGGCGCUGGGCAGGGCGGGGAGCCCGCCGGAGACGUCGCUUUUAAAGUCCUUGGGCCUGAGCGCCAAGCCGACCCCCGCGGCCCCGGCCCCGGUGCCCUCCGUGCUGUGGCGCAUCUUCCAGGGGCGGGCGCUGCCUCCCCCCGGGGACCGCGCUCCGGACCGCGCCUGUCGGGUGGAGGAAUUGAAUGUGCCCGGGAACAUCAUCCGCGUCUUCGCUGACCAAGGCCACUUCAUUCACAGUGGGGAGCCCAAGACUUUCCUGUGUCUGGAGAAACGUCUGUACUUUAAUUUCUCUGUGUUGGAGGAGGGGGAGCAACUGACAAUGGCUCAGCUGGAGAUCAACUUCAGCCACAACUCCUAUCACACUUCCAGUGGUGGGCAGGUCUUUGAGCUGCGGCUGUACCAAGCCCUGCAGAUGUCUCUGCGGGGGAUGUCCUCCCACACGUACAACCACAAGCUGCUGGUGGCGCAAUCCUUCGUGCAGCUGCACAAGUCCCUCCUCUUCAACCUGACCGAAGUGGCGAAGGGCUGGCGAACCCCCAGCAAGAACCUGGGCUUGAUCCUGGAGAUCUCUGUGGGCAGCAGGGACAGCGCCGAGGCCUUGCCACCCCGAAGGCUGCAGAACCUCUGUGCCAGCAUCGACUCCUUCCUCGACACCUCGCUGUUGGUGGUGUCCCUCAAUCAGAAGCAGUGCCAGGCCUCCAGGAAGAGGCGAAGCUCCUAUUAUACCCCGGUCACCCCAAGCAACCUGUGCAAGCCAAGGCGGCUUUACAUCAGCUUCAGUGACGUGGGCUGGGAGAACUGGAUCAUCGCGCCGCAGGGAUACAUGGCCAACUAUUGCCUCGGGGAGUGCCCCUUCCCAUUGACGGCAGAACUCAAUAGCACCAACCACGCCAUCCUCCAAACCAUGGUGCACUCCCUUGACCCAGAAGGAACCCCCCAGCCCUGUUGCGUCCCAGUCAGGCUGUCCCCCAUCUCCAUCCUGUAUUACGACAACCAGGAUAACGUGGUGCUGAGACACUACGAGGACAUGGUGGUGGAUGAGUGUGGCUGCAGGUAAUGGAGCUGCUCAUCGAGAUGUGACGAGGGAAUCGAAUGGGUCUCUGGAGUAACUGGGAUUUUUGAUGUAAUAGGUCAAAAUGUAUUAAGUCUCCUUCGUGUGGGUGGGUAGGGCCCUCCCUUCCAUCCCUUGGUGCAGUUAAUGGCAGAACUACCCCUUUGACGCAGUUGCAAAAUGCAGCCUCAAGGGGGAAGCUCUUGACUUCUGGCAUCAAGAGGAUAAUGCAGUUUGGGAUUCUAAUGUAAUGCUGAUUGGCUGGAGGCAUCAGGCUUCCCAACUCCCACCUGCUGGGGUUUCACCCAGCUUUGCCGGGAACCUGGUGAAAUCUAAUGGUGAUAGUCUGAGUCUCCUUUCCCCUCCUCCCCCAUGCCCCCUAGUGCUGAGCAGACGAUGUGGCACCCAGCACUCCUCUCCCUGUGCCUCUUUCCUCGGAUCUGACCUAGAGGCACCGGUGUGGUGCAGUACUGUAUCCGUCCUGCACGGCUGGAGCUGGUGCCCAUGUCCUAGACAUUGAAGAAUGAGUUCUGCUGGCCCUUCAGUGCCCCAUAGGCCCCGCCCCCUUAGCUGGCCCACGCUCAUAGGAACAGUACCACCGUCCACCACGGCUGGCUUCUCAGCUUCUUGAGCGAAGUGGUGUGAGCCUAGCAUGGAUUUUUUUUCCCCAGAACAGGAAGACAAUUUGGCUAAAUUCUGCUCUCUUUCCCGAGUGAAGAAAUGACCAGGUCUUCAGUUUGAUUAAGUUCUUUCUCCUCCCCUGGGCUGUACUGCAACUAAAAUAUCACCUCUGUCUGGAGCCUGAUACCGCAUUGCUCUCGAAAGGGCAUUACUGGUACCAGCUGUUAGAUGUCAGGACAGGGGCAUGGGGAAGUGAAGUGAAUUGACUCAGUGCGAAGAGGUGUUUUCAGACAGAGCUCUCACCAAAACAUCCUAGCACUGUAAAACCCGCCUUUUUGUGGUGAAGAUGUAGCCUAAGCUUUUGAAUAAGGCAAGAAGCCUGGCUUGGGAAAUUUGGCCUAAAUUUGUUUUUUAAGGGGCCAUCAAUUGUGAGUGUCUAACUUGACUGAGGGGUGCUGAGCACUCGCCAAUCCCACUGACUUGAUGCAGGGAAAAAAAAUUCAAGCGGCCAAACAAAUUAAAGACAAUUCAUUGAUUCUUUAAAAGUAUUACGUGUUACCCAUGGAGUGUGAAUCUAGUCUAGGGCUGGCAAUCAGGCAGAUGGCUGCAGAAAGCAGUAGAAAAAUGAAUAGACAAAGUCUCCUUUUAAAAUAUGUUUUCACCUUGAUUAGCGUCAGAGUUCCCUCAGUAAUAGGGACAGAAAAAUAUUCCCCUCCUCCUAAGAAUUGUCUUUUAUAAGAUAGCAGAUAAGCAGCCAAUGCCUAAACACCAUCCUAGUAAAUAAAUGGGGGGGGGGUGUGUGUAAAGCAGUGGCCUGUGCAAUUAUUUAAUGCACUAGCCUGUCACCUGGGGAGCAAUGAGGACUUGGCUCAGUGAAAGUAGCGUAAUAGUCUCAUUUUAGCCUGAUUCCAGUUGACUCCAUAAGAGUUUAACACCGUUUGUAGAAGGAACUAGGACUACUUAGUCCUUUACACAUUGCACUGUUUAAACAGAUUAUGUAUGGUUAAGGCAUCAGGGGUACGUCCAACAGACCUGUUGGACCAGCAAUGGCAUUGUGAAAGGUAGAUCAAGUUUGCUGUAGUCAAAUCAGGGGGGUGAGAACCCUCUCCCUCUUCAACACCUAUGAAUGAACUGCUGACGGUGCCUGUCCUUCAGAUGAUGGAUAUGAGCUGAAAGACAGGAAAAGGGAUGACUUCUAAGUACAGAAUUUCACAGGGAUCCUUCAUAGCAGCAAUGCUCAGCCUGAACUCCAGAUGAGCAGGGGCAGUUGAAGCCCCUGUCCCUAUUACUAUUUAGUAGGUCUCCACCUCCACUACCAUAAGCCAGCCCUGUUCUGAACGUAAUCAGUUGAUUAGCUAGUGCCAGGGGAUAAGUGGCUGAGGGAUGGCCUGUUUUCUUCAAAGUGGGAUUCAUGUUAAAAUAAGAUUUGGGGUGGGUGGGCGGUGUUUGAAGUCUUAAAGUGGUCAUGCUAGAAGCCUGGGCAAAGUUGCCAGCUCACUCCUGUCUUGCCAGUGAGGUGCUGCACUUGUUAGAAGUAAAUCAACCACAGCUGCUCAGCUGACGCUCUGAGUCAUGUGACUUGAGUAAUCCCUACCAGUGCAACUUUCCUCCCCUUCCAGCUGAAAACUUCUGAGGAAGUUCUAAAAUCUCCCCCUUGCCCUGAAGUGUUUCACUGUGACUGAAUUUUAGACAAGUUAUCACAACAGAACCCCUCCCAUCCCCCACCCUUCCCAAGGCACCCAGCACUGAACCACCUCCUCUUCUGGUGUAGCUAAAAGAAGAACAGAGCAGUUGCUAGCUACAGCUACUUUCCAGACACAGGGCCCUACACUUUAGAUCUGUGCCUGGUGGCAACCUCUAUGGGCGGAUGUCAAACUGGAGCUCAAAGUAAAGUUUUGCCUUUCAGUGACAAAUACCGGACAAUUAUUUUAAUUGCAGUCUUUUUUUGGGGGGCAGGGGGGGGG